CAUCGUCUAUUUGAAAAAGUGCAAAAUCUGAAACCCUAAUAAUCAAUGAAUAAUGGGAAGAGGCCCUUUCGAGCCGGUGAAUCUGAGGAGAAGAAAGAAGCCGAUGACGACGAUAACAUAUUUCCGUUCUUCUCGGCACGAUCCGAAUACGACACGCGUGCCAUAGUCUCAGCCCUGACUCAAGUCAUUGGAAACCAAAGCAGCACGCAUGAUAAUAAUCUACAUCACCCUGUUGAGUAUGAUCAGCAAGAUCCUAUCCAACAUGUUCCUCCUACUCAAGAUCAAGGACACUUGAGGAAAAUACAUUAUAGAGGGGUAAGGCAACGACCAUGGGGAAAAUGGGCUGCCGAAAUUAGGGAUCCACAAAAGGCCGCACGCGUGUGGCUUGGGACAUUUGAGACCGCUGAAGCUGCGGCCUUAGCUUAUGAUGAAGCAGCUCUUAGGUUCAAAGGAAGCAAAGCCAAACUUAAUUUCCCUGAGAGAGCUCAACUAGCAAGUAACACUAGUACUAUUACCGGUCUACCAAACUAUUACUCUUCUAAUAAUCAAACUCACUACUCAAAUCCGCAGACUAAUCCACAAAACAUACCAUAUUAUAACCAAUACUACUAUAACCAAUAUCUCCAGCAAGGGGGAAAUAGUAACGAUGCAGUAAGCUAUAGUCUGGCAGGUGGGGAAACCGGAGGCUCAAUGUAUAGCCAUCAGACAUUAUCUAAUACCACUUCUUCAUCAGCUGGUGGAUCUUUAAGGCAACAAGAAGAUUACACAAGUUUUUGGCAUUUUGGGGAUUCUUCUCCUAAUUCGGGGUUUUGA